GCACUUCUCUUCAAAGCUGGCGCUUGGCAGUCAGGGGAGAGCGCUGCUGACGUGGUAGCCGCCGCUGCUUUCGCCGGGGGAUAAUAAGCCGGGAUCUUCCAUACCCAUUGAUUAACUAUGGAAGACUAUACCAAAAUAGAGAAAAUUGGAGAAGGUACCUAUGGAGUUGUGUAUAAGGGUAGACACAAAACUACAGGUCAAGUGGUAGCCAUGAAGAAAAUCAGACUAGAAAGUGAAGAGGAAGGAGUUCCUAGCACUGCAAUUCGGGAAAUAUCUCUAUUAAAAGAACUUCGUCAUCCAAAUAUAGUCAGUCUUCAAGAUGUGCUUAUGCAGGAUUCCAGGUUAUAUCUCAUCUUUGAAUUCCUUUCCAUGGAUCUCAAGAAAUACUUGGAUUCUAUCCCUCCUGGUCAGUUCAUGGAUCCUUCACUUGUUAAGAGUUAUUUGUACCAAAUCCUACAAGGGAUUGUGUUUUGUCACUCUAGAAGAGUUCUACACAGAGACUUAAAACCUCAAAAUCUAUUGAUUGAUGAUAAAGGAACAAUUAAACUGGCAGAUUUUGGCCUUGCCAGAGCUUUUGGAAUACCUAUUAGAGUAUAUACACAUGAGGUAGUAACACUCUGGUAUAGAUCUCCAGAAGUAUUGCUGGGGUCAGCUCGCUACUCAACUCCAGUUGACAUUUGGAGUAUAGGUACCAUAUUUGCUGAAUUAGCAACUAAGAAACCACUUUUCCAUGGGGAUUCAGAAAUUGAUCAACUCUUCAGAAUUUUCAGAGCUUUGGGUACUCCCAAUAAUGAAGUGUGGCCAGAAGUGGAAUCUUUACAGGACUAUAAGAAUACAUUUCCCAAGUGGAAACCAGGAAGCUUAGCAUCCCAUGUCAAAAACUUGGAUGAGAAUGGCUUGGAUCUGCUCUCGAAAAUGUUAGUCUAUGAUCCUGCCAAACGAAUUUCUGGCAAAGUGGCACUGAAUCAUCCAUACUUUAAUGAUUUGGACAAUCAAAUUAAGAAGAUGUAGCUUUCUGACAGAGUUUCCAUGUGUUGUGUCGAGAACAGAUAGCUGUAUUUUUACUGUUAACUGUUUUUGUCUUGUGUAUUUUUCUUUUCUUUGUUGUAAAACUUAAGCUGUGCCUCAUCUUCUGAUUUCAAAAGUGUAACUUAAAAAUGUAAAUACUGUUCUAUAUGAAUUUAAAUAUAAUAAUUCUGUAUAUGUUUGUAGAUCCCACCGUAACAACUAUUUGUUACUAUAAUAAAACUAUAUAAAUCUAGUAUUGAUGUCAGGAAUUGGGAAAAAUUUGAGUUAGCUUAAAUCAUCUAAAAUCCUACAGCAGUCUGCUUUUCCUGUAGUUGGAAAUACUAAACUUUAGGAAAGUGUGCCUGGUUGAAAAUUCAUAAUGCUUUGAAGUAUUUUUAUGUUCUGAAUGUUUAAAUUUUCUUGUCAGUUUCUUGCCAUGUGGUAAUUCUACAACCUGCCUAAAGAUGAAUAUUUUUCUACUGGUAUUUCAAUUCGUGACCUAAAUGUUUAGGCAUUCAGAUGAGAAAACUAUCCAGAUUUGAGAACUGAUGCUUAAAUUUAGAGAGGUUUUUAGUAAACUUAUAAAACUAACAUUAGCGUAUGCCAAAGUUUGCUAAGUUUUACAGUCAGAGAUUAAGGGCUGUCCACAGCAAGGGAGAACAGUUUAGAAAAUUUAUGAGCUAUCCUAUUUUUAGGUAGGUUAUGAAAGUUAUUUGUCUGAGUGAAUUCUUGUGCCUUGGUCAGAGGUAAUAACUAUACAAGGAGUUGCUUAUCUUGGCUUUCAAGCCUGACUUUAAAACUCGGUUUGUAAAUUUUGACAUAGUUUAGUUUAUUAGCAGCCUUCUUAGAAGGUUCUAAUGUAAAAUUAUUUAGCUAAAAUCACUAGCUUUGGGAAUUGUUUAAUUAAUAAUGCUGCUCAUUGUGAUUUUUACCUGUAAGCAGGCUAAUUUAUUUGUUAUAGCCAAGAGAAAUGUCUCUAAAAAUAGUUUUAUCAUUUUUAGUGUACAUCUAUCCAUUGUCUGCCCAUAUACUCUAUUUUUCCUCCUGGUUACUUAUGGCUAGAAUGGGCAUUCUUGUGUGACUGAUCCAGUUGACUGAAUAUGUAAUGGGUGAUCUGCCUAAUCUUGUUGUCUUAGAAUUUUUGCACUUGAGGAGAAAGGAUGGGUCACUUUCUUUGGUGACAGGGCUUAUAAGGUGAGAGGUUUGGUGGCCUUGUUCUAGGUCCUUUGGCGGAAGCCAGCCUGCAGUAAGGGAAUGCAGAGCUUGGAAGUCAUUUGAGGUCAUACUGUGGAGAGAUUUCAUGGCGGGAAUUUGUUAAAUGAAAGGUCACACCAAAGAUUUAAUUGAGAUGGUGAAAUGGUGUAUCUACAGAAUUGUGUUCUCUUACCUGUGAAGUGAAGUAUUGAAGUGAGUCUACUUUUCAAAUUGUGCAUUGCAGCCCUUUAGCGGUUCAGGAUCAGCAUUAAUCAGUGAUACCCUUCCCCCCGCCCUCCCCCCUGAAAUUAUUGGUGUGUCUUAUAUAAUUAUUUCUUGGUAUUUUUGUUUCAAUAAUAUAUAGAUGCACUGGUGUCACCAAUGUUUGGGGCCUUGUGGACUUGGUAGCAGCAGCACACAUCCUCACUGGUAUUGUUCCUUGCCGUUUAAUUGUUUGAAAAGUCAGUAAUUCAUCAAUUGAGAACCUACUUAGUGGACCAGGGAAAUGAGAUGGUAGAACACUGCCAACAGUUGCUGUAAUGAGUGACCCCCUUUCCGUCCUGCUCCAGCUAUCUGUGUAGUCCCGUGUAAAGUGUUUACGGCAGCUUCAGUGACUGCGUGAAGAGCUACUGAAUUGGGUCCUCAUCUCAUGCAUAUUUUUACAUUGGCUUGUGCUGUGGUGCUUCUGAUUCAUUUUAAAGUGGAUCUUUUCCCUGAGCCAAUAGUUCUUCUAUUUGUUGUGUGCUAGAAACACCUGAGACUAAUUCUGGUCCUACCCUGAACAAUUCUGAAAUUGAAAAUUUGUCUCUUUUCAAAAUUUCCCCAAGGUGAUUCUGAUGUAGCCAGUUACCACCAGUUGGUGGUGAGUUUAACAACUUUGGACCGACAUUUAGUUUUAGUUGUCUUAAAACUUCAUGUCAUCUUGCAUUACCUUUAACUUGUUCUAUUUCUGUUUCAGGCCGUACUCUUUAGUGAGGGGAGAGGGUUGUAUAUUUCAUCACCAAUAGAAGACUUCCAUAUACUGUGACAAUUUCUCUAUCUUCUCAUUGUCCGUAAGCUUUAGAGAAGGGUUUUUUGUUGUUGUUGCUGUUAAAGUUAAAAUAUAUAGGCAGUAAUGGUGCAAAGAAGUUAAUACAUAAUUUGUAGUAAAAUCUUACUAAUUUAUAUGUGGACAUGGCAUAUGUGAAUUAAAUGUUUGAAAAAAAAUGAUAGUGUUUUAGAGUUAAUAAAAGGUCUUUUGGGGACUUGGGUUAACAUACUAAAAUAAUUUUUAAUUAGUAAAAAAUAAUUUUUAAAGUACUUAAGGAGACUUGAAAGUUCUACUAGGUGGAAUACACUUCCACUUUAGUGCCUUUAGCAAACUGUAGUUCAUAAUAGGUCAACUUCAGUUCCACCCCUUCUAAAUCGUUGCCAUAUUCAAACUGAAGUCAGUGAGGUUCCAUAGGACCCUAGGAUCAUUUUGCAUUUUGUGGACAGAGUAGAGACAAUUAGAGAUGUUUGUGGGCUAUGGAGUUAAGAGAGUAGUGGACAUUGUUUAAAUAAGUCUGGGACAAGAUGGAUAGAGUAUUGAAUGAUUAAAGGGAAAGUGAGGGAUGGAGGGAUAAAGGGUGAAAGUCCCUGAAGAGGGAGGUACUUCGGACCUAAAAAUAGCAUCUAGUAGAAGGCUCAGGUGGGAUAUUAAUGGUACUGACAGGGAUUGUAACUUUAGACCCUUUGGAGAAAGGAGUGAAGUAUUUGGAAGCAAGACUAGACGUUUUUAGUCCCAUGCUGUCAUGUAAAUAUCAAGUUUCCUAAGAUGCCUUAAAAGCUUCAGAAGAGAUGCAUUGAGAGUCAUAGACUUGUUGAGGAGGAAAAAAGGUAUCGCAAUACCAGCGUUCCUUAGAAUGCUGAAUUAGGGUCUCCUGGAGAGCUUGUUAAGAGAUUUCUGGACCGUCCCCAGAGUGUGAUUCAGUACAUCCUGCAUAGCCACGAAUAUACUUUCUUAACAAGUUCCCAAGUGAUGAUUCUGAUGGUCCAGGGACCACACUUUGAGAAUCACUGCCUGGGUAGCUCUCAGAACUCUAGAGAACUGAACAGAAACCUAGCUAUUUGGUCAGCUUAUCUGUAGAGGAAGCACAGAAGUGCAGAAGGAGAAACUGACUUAGAGCCAGGCAUACAUUUAGAGGUUGAACUGGAAUUCGAACCUAAAUCUUCCAUUGUCAUUGAGAAUUGAGAAAAGUGAACAGUGUAAUGUAAAGAUUCCAGUUUUAGAGCCAUAUUGGAGCUUGGUUCCCAGUUCUGCCAAUUCUGUCUGUAGCCUUGGAUAAGUCACUCAACAUCUCUGAAUCUAUUUCCUCAAUUGCACAAUGACGAUAAUAAAUGGGAUUUAUUUAUGUAAAUACAUAGGUAGGAUUGUAGGAUUGUUGUGAGGGAUGUAGAUAGGGCUGCCAGGCAUCAUGCAUGUAUUAUAUAUAGUACAUGUCUUGUCAGAAUGCCCUAAAUAUUCUUUUUUCAAUACAUUACAAAAAUUGAGCAGUCAGAGCUAUUUUUCUGCCACAGUAAUUGGUGCUUAAAUCUGUCAAAUGGCAACACAAGGUGCCCUAGAUGGGGAAUAUGGGUAAAGUUCCUGGCACACGGUAAUUCCUUUCUCCUUUGAAGUCUCAGCACUUUUUUCUUAUAUUACCUCUUCUGGCACUUUUACUUUCUCCCUUACUAAACUCUAAGUCCAGUGAGGGCUGGGGCCAUGUCUUGUUCUUUCAUCCUCACAGCCCUUGGUCUAGAACCUCAAGCAUUAGACACGAUCCCAGCCCUUUAAGGUUGCUCAAAGGUUAUGGCGCCUCCCCUUCAAUAACAACUGAACAUCUAUAGUGAGCAGCUACUGUGCUUUACAUACAUUCCCUGUCUUUCCCAGCAACCUUGUAAGGGAGUGGGCAACUUUACCUUACAGAUGGUGAAACUAAGAUGCGUUGAGCAUAAGUAAUUUGCCGAAGGUCUCAAGGCUAGUAAACGCUGGAGCAAGGAUCUGGGGGCUCUCUGGCUUCACAUUGUUCUCUUCCCAUGGCAUCAUGUUGUUUCCCACAAUAAACCGAUAAAGUGAACGUGUGUUUAGUUUCUAAAGCUUAAGAAGAAAGAACCUGAAGAAGGCAGGCAACUACUAAAGCCAGCGCAGCCCAGGUGCCAAGGAGCACCCAGCUCAGGGGUGUGCAAACCAGCCCUCACGGGCCUGCAAGCCCCUCAUUAGCACCGAAGCUCCUGAGACCUCUGCCUCAAGGCUGAAAGGACCAAGGUGAGAGAGUUUGCAGUCCAGUUCAUUUUCCUGUCCCAUUUUAGGUAGCACUGUCUCCUUUUAUCACAUUGCACGUGGUCCUCUUCUUGAGCUCCUUAAUUCUGGCUCCUUGUUCAUACGGAUGACCCAGAAUGGAUCAGUGCGGUAAACCAUAACCCGACCUUUAUAAACAAACAAACAAAUAAACCGUAACCCAGCAGCAGUAAUUGGUCCAGGGGUGGGCAAACGAUCUGAACAAGGCCCAUGAGGGUCCUUUUUGCUACGGAAACCUCGAGAGAAUGAAGUCGUCUUUCUGCUGAUUGUGCCAAACUGGGAUGACAUGGCUGGAAGCCUGAGGCAUCUCCCGCAUUCUGCCGAACUGGCUGAGCCAAGAAAGUGAUGAAUAGAGAAAGAUUCUCAGGAGUUUGGUGUCCCUGGUUCCGGCGGGGCUGCCUUAGCAUUUGGAGCUACCCACCCUUGUGGGUGUAGGAGUGGUGGGUUGUUUAUUCUUUUUUGCUUAAUCUUGUUUGAGUUGGGGUUCUGUCAUUUCAACCCCAAAGAGCCACAGUUGUCAAUACCGAGAUAACACUUGGAUAAAUAAUCCUAAAGGAACCCCCAAUUUUAAGCACCCUCAUAGUUAUAAAUCCUUACAUAGUUAAAUAUCUUCCUUUAAAAGCACUUUAUUUCUCAUAAUUAUUGUUUUCACUGCAGCUUCUAGUAUUGGUUGUGUAGAACGGUACUGAUAUAGAUGUAUUCCUAUUGACCUUUCAAAGAACCUACAAACUUUUGAGGAAUGCUUACAUACGUGUACCUACUCUUUACCAGUCAGGAGUAGAAAUCUGCAGCAUUUAUUUCUAUGGGCAGUCAUGCCUUUCCUUGAGGUAGGAUUUCAAAACCAUGCUAUACUUUUCUGUUAAGGAAAUAAUGCAAUAACAAAAGCAGAACGUUUGGGGAGAAUCUGUUUCCUAAUGAGUAUUAGUAGUUUUUUGUAUUUGUAAAGAGCUUUGUAAUAAUUAAGUGGCCUAUGCUAUUUCAAUAGACAGAAGCUUCCUAUACUAUAAAAAUACCCUUAACUAUAAAACCACAAGAAUAAUUAUACCAUAAAACAUACUUUAUAAUAUGGACAGAAAAGAUACAUUUCCCAACCGACCAUAGCCAUUUGUCUUAAUGGUUCUGGUAUCAUGACAGACAUAUUUAUGUGCAAGAAAAUACAAAUCUAUUCUUCAUGAACUGCAUUCACUGCUUCAAAGAUCCAAGUGGGGAGCAGAACAUUUGCUCCAUCUUAAAUCUUGCUAGAAUUUGAACAUAGUUUUAGAAAUGCUUUUUGGCUUCUUGUUUGAAUUACUUCUCAUGCAUAGGCACUAACGGAAAAUGGUUCAGAACAUAAAAAGAUUGCAAUUUCCCCGGUGAGCACAAAACAUUUUAGACCAGUCAACAUCAAUCUGAAGCCACACGGACUGGAUGACAAAUGCAAUGUUAUUUAUAUGUUCAGAGCUCUUAGUUACCCAUGCCAACAGAAGGUUCUAGCGGCUUGGAUAACCUUAAAGAGCCAACAUCUCACCUCCCUCCCCCCAAAUUUUGGCAUUCACUCUGUGACCCACCCACUUGCAGCAAAUCUCAUUUCCAAGUUAGUGAAAUAAAAUUUUAGAAUUGAAUGGGAUCUUGGACAUUGUUCAGUUCAAUCCUUAUUUUCCCAGGGAGGAACCUACAGAUUUCAGCAACAGAGUGAGAAACAGAACCUAGGUUUUCUGACUUCCAAUUUAAAGAGACUUCUACUCUGUUUUCGAUUGCCUCUGACAGUGAAGCUGGGAGUCAAUAAUGGCUUCAAGAAAGAAAUUAUGUAUUUUAAGGAUAAAAUGUGCAGACAGGAGAGAACCCAAGUAAUCAGUGAGGAGAAAAUAGAAGUCAGAUCAGAGAACGUUGCGUAGAUUUUCAGUUGCUAGAAAUUAAAAGUGAACUAGCCAACAAGGCAAGUAGCACAUGCAAGCCAAGCACAUUGUAAGUGAGAGGUACUGAGCGUGUUCUUUGCAAGAGCAAAAUAGCGCUUUUCAUUCUCUACUUCCCUUCAGAGUGUAAUUGGGGGUUUAACUCAGAUGUUACAGGUAUUUUUAAAUAGUCACAUUCUAAAAAAAAAAAAAACCAAAAAAGGAAACUGUCCAACUGCAAUUUAA